UCCUAAAUCCCACCUACCGGAGCACAAUUUUCUCUCUAUAUUCUCUUCAUUCACACAGUCCCAACUACUAUAACACACAUUUUUUUUUCUGUUGAAUUGAUUGGCAGCUGAGACGGAGGAAAGAAGAAAAUUGAGAAGAAUGCCUCCCUUUGAAGGCUCUAAACCGGCGGUGUGUCCGAAGGGGGAAACGAACAACAUAGUUUCGAUCGACGUGGGUGGUCAACUCUUUCAAACGACGAAACAAACCCUAACCUCGGCGGGUCCCAAAACCUUCUUCUCCCGAAUAGCGGAAUCUUCUGGAAUCUACACGCCGUUCAUAGACAGAGACCCUGAACUUUUCUCUCUUAUCCUUUCCCUCCUCAGAACCGGUAACCUUCCUUCAAAGGCCAAAGCUUUCGAUCUCCAAGACCUAAUAAUCGAGUCCAGAUUCUACGGCGUCGAAACCCUCUUAAUCAAUUCCCUCUCCAACCCUUCCCAAUUCGAACCCUUCAACCUCCAUAAAUCCCUCCUUUUGCCCCUCAACGGCCGCGACUCCCCCUCCGCCCUCGCCGCCCCCGCGUUCGGCGCCCUCCACGUCGCACACGGCAGCAAGAUCACCUCCUUCGACUGGUCCCUCCGCCGCAAGUCCACCCUCCUCACCCACUUCACCGCCGUCGACUCUCUCCUCGCGCUCUCGCCGUCGCUCGUGGCCGCCGGCGCCAACGACUUCUCCGGCCUCCAAAUCCUCGACCUGGAAAAGGGGCGCGUGAGGGAAACCCUGCACUGGGAAAACGUCACCAAAUCGGGCUCCACCGUCCAAGCCAUCGGAUCCUCGCCGGAGCAAAUGUUUGUUAGCUUCGAAUCUUCCCGUAGAAACUCAAACUCCAUAAUGGUGUACGAUGUUCAAAGCCUGGCCCCCGUGACGGAGAUUGCCCACAACGAAAUCUUCGGCGCCGACAUCGAUUCGGCGAUUCCGGCGACGAAGCUGCAGUGGGUGGAAAGUUGCAAGCUUUUGAUGGCAUCUGGGUCCCACAGCGGUCCCUCCGGCGUGAGCGGCAACAUGCGGUUGUGGGACGUUCGGUCGGGUAACGUAGUCUGGGAGACUUCGGAGAAGGUGGAUUGUUUUGCUGACGUGGCAGUUUGUGAUGGGUUGUCGGUUAUUUUUAAGGUUGGGGUGAAUUCGGGUGAGGCGUCCUACGUGGACUUGAGGAAGUUGAGUAGUGGCGGCGAGAGCACGUGGGUCUGUCUGGGAGAUAAGAGAAAGGCUCUGAAUGGGAAGAAGGAAGGUUUUGGUUGCAAGAUCCAAACGCAGGGGAAUCAGGUGUUUUGCACUAAGGCUGGUGACGUGGAGCUUUGGUCUGAGGUUGUUUUGAACGGUGGAAGGAUCUUCAAGAAGAACUUGAUGGGGAGGGUUAGGGACAUGGGUGGGGCUAAGGUUACCAAUUUGGCCUUUGGUGGGAGCACCAUGUUCUUGACUAGGAAGGAUCACCAAUCUGUUGAGGUCUGGCAGAGUUCUUCUACGGACUUUUGAUUUCUUACAAACUACAGUGGAGGAGUGGAUUUGUUAUUGUUCUUAUCAAAAUUCAACAUAGUUUAGUUGCUAGUUUCAUUGAAGAAAAAGGCAAUAUAUUAUUUGAACAUUCAAAUUUUACUAGAUAUCUAGUGGUGAGAAAUGAGAGGAAAAAAAUGUGCAGAUAAUAUGAUUUGAUAAGAAAAAUUACAUGGAGAAAGAUAGGGCCUUGAAAAUAAGGAGUGUCCAAAAAUUAUAACCAAAAAAAGUGGGGUGGCAAAGAGAUAGUUGGUAGGUGGUUUACAUGGUGUACAUAUUUAUUGUUUGGUGAGGUACCAACCAAGUGGACAAAUUGUAUUCAAUGUUUUUUGACAAAUUGUUUUAAUCUUUCUGUAAGAUGUCAAAUAUGCCAUUCGGCAUAAAAUGAAUGGAUGGAUGGUUGGUUUAGUGAGACAAAGGUGCAUCAAUUCUCCAAUUCUUUGUUAUUGUAGCUUUGUUUUUGUUUAUGAAAACAUGUAUAAACUUUUGGUUAUUUUUUUUCUUUUACAUAAAUGACUUAGUCUUGUAUUUUGGUGCAUCA